UUAUUCUGUUUUUCCUGAUGGGCAAAACAUGUAAAUUUUUGUUGAUUUUUCCCCAAAUUUUCUUAUUUUUUAGUCUUCCAUAUGUGAAAUUAAAUAUAUCCUUUGUUGCAAGAUCCUCAGAAAUUCAAGAAAUUUAUUUUCAAUUUCGUUGUUUAUAUUCUCCUAACAAGGAAGAUUAUUUGUGUCACAAACAAGAAAUUCUAAUUCGAAAAUGGGGAAGAAUGAUUUGGCCAUGUAGACGCUUGGGGUUUGGAGAUUAUUUUAAAGAUAAGGACGAACUUGCUAUUUUCUUCUCAUAUACUUGUUAUAACCUGUUCAGUCUCAGUCAAUAUUUACUUGAUAUUUUUGUCAUUAAAAAUCAUGAUGGAUCUCUUUGUAGAAAAACGUUUUUACUAACGACACCCUUGGAACGUCAAUUAGACCCAAAAAUUGCUUACUUCUACAGUGGAAAUGGAAAAUGGCCUGAAUUUCUUCAACAAAAUCACUUGGCUAGAUGGUCUCCGCUUAUUUAUGUUGAUUUUUCUUAUUCUGAUGAAAUUUUAGUCAAUUUAAGUCCAAUGCGUUGGAUAUGGCCUUCAAGGGAUAUUAAUCUUUCUAUAUUUUCUGUCUAUGAUUUUGAUGAUUUUUCUCAUCAGAAUAAAACAAAAAAUGAGAAACAUUUAUUGGUAGCUAAUGAAAGAAUCCAUCCACAAAAAUAUGAUAAAAAUAGUUUAUUUGAUAAUUUAUUUGAAUCAAAACAGCAUUGGAGGAAAUAUUGGAAGAAUGUUGAUUCAGGAAAAUAUAUACUUUAUGCUUUUCUUGACAAUAAUCAAUGUGAACUUGUUUGUGAUAAAAAUUCUUUUGUUGGCAAAAAUUGUAUAGAAUGUCCACAUACAGCGUUGAACUUUACUCUUUUUGAAUCAAAAUAUUCUAAUGAAUGGAAGAGGAGAAAGACGUUAAUAUUAAUUUCUAAAUAUGCUGUUAUUCUACUUUUAGCCCUUCAAAGACGGCAACCACAAAGUGUCGAAUUAACAAAACGCCCAAAAGUUCUUAUUCUCUACACAGACGAUUGUCAGCAACAUACAGAUACUGUUAUGGCUUUGUGUAAAAUUUUGGAAGAAAAUGCUAAUGCUAUUUGUUUUGUUGAUCAAAAAGAAUUUUUACAAAAUCCAACUGUCCGCCCUGGCGUUUGGUUAGUAGAAAAAUUAGGCGAAUGCGAUUUUGUUUUAACAAUAUUUUCUGAAUGUUCAAGGCGUGUAAUGGCUGGACAAAAAUUGGCACAAAGAAGACAUUUUUCUGAUUAUUUUAAUUGUGCUGUUAGAUUUGUUAUUUCGAAAAUAAACGAUAUUGCUUCAAAUGAGGGGCUUGUCAAAAAUGGUGUAAUAAUUAGUCGAAGGCGUACAACAUCAAAGCAUCAAAGGACGGAUUCCACUCUUAAGAAUGGAGGAAUUCCUUCUCAUGACAGUCCAAAGGAUUCAGCAUCUGAAACUUGUGAAAAUUCUACAUCAUCUCGACUCAAUCAAUUUGCGUUUGCUCGUUUUUCCUACUCCCCUACUAAUUCAAUUCCGCCUUUUUUUAAAUCUACUUUAUUUUGUGCUGGUUUUGGAUCGCUUAUUUUGCCUCAAAAUAUUGGUCAUUUAAUUGCUUGGAUUCAUGGAAUUUUGAAUGACAAAAAAGAUUUACUAAAUGAAACAGAGAAAAAUAAUAGAUUUGAACAUCAAGCUGAUUUAAGUCCUUUAAAUGAUGCUAUAGAAGAAUUUAAACGUUUUGAAUUGGAAAAUCCAAAUUGGAUGAAUGAAAGAUUUGACAUUGGAAAAGAUAAAAAAGGAGAAGAACAAGAUGAUUCUGUUUCCAACGAAUUACCUCAAGUUAAUCAACAUCUACACAUUCCUAACUUUGCUGAAAGGGCAGAAAUUGCUGAACGAUAUGGUCUUUUGGGACUAGAUGAAAAUGAUGAGGAAAUGGAUGAGGAAAAUAAUGAAGAUUUGAAUGAAAUUAGAAAUGAUACUGGCCUUCCUCAGUCAUUACACACUCAAAGAAUUGGCCCAAAAAGAUAUGAAUUGAUUGGAAGACUUGAAGAUUAUGAUAGUUCUUCAAAUACUUCACUCAAUGAACAAUGA